CAGCUAUCCUCUAACCAACAAUGAAUAGCAUCAAAGCCGUCAUUGUGUGCUGCCUCUUGGUGGCCGUCUCCGCUGGUGUAGACCGAAGGAGAGGUGGACAAGGAUCCAACCGAUUCCUUCCUGGAGGUUUCGGUGGUGUCAGCGGAGGUGGUCUCUUCGGCGGCGGUUUUAAUGGUGGCGGAAUCCAUGGUGGAAUUCAUGGAGGCAGUAUCCAUGGUGGAAUCCACGGUGGUAGUUCUAUUAUCGGCGGUGGAGUCUCCAAUGGCCCAAGCCAAUGCAGAUAUUGGUGCAAGACUCCGGAGGGUCAAGCCUACUGCUGUGAGACGGUGCAUGAACCAGAGACACCAGUUGGCACCAAGCCACUCACUUGCCCACAAGUUCGUCCCACAUGCCCACGUUUCCAUGGGCCCCCCACUACCUGUUCUAACGACUACAAGUGUGCUGGCCUCGAUAAGUGUUGCUUUGACAGAUGUUUGGGAGAACACGUGUGCAAACCUCCCUCAUUUUUCAAUAACCAUCUCCCCUUUUAAGGGUGGUUAUUGCCAAUAGAUAGUCAUCGGUUUUCCUGUUGAUAACGGAAGAUUAAAACAAACCUGUGAUUUAUAGAUAUUUAUUUUUGAAUAAUAAAUCCCUAUAUGCUUA